GGCCGCCGUAUCACAUUGCCACCCACCCUCGCCCCGCGCCACGCAGCCUCCGUGUAUAAGCCGGUGGCCGCCGCCGCGAGCCAGUUGGAUGCCGAGGAGGCCCGCGUCGUCUAGCUCCGGCACUGGGAAAUGGCGAUGUCGUCGGCGGCCGCGUGGCUGCUGUUGGUGGCUGCGGGGUGCGCCGUGGCGGUGGACGCGGUCGGCGGGCCCCCGCCUGUCGACGAUCGAAUUCGCACCGACAUCUUCGCGAGAGGGCUGAGGCCCCGCUUCUCGCUGCCGAGCAAGGAGGGCCCGCAACUGCCUCUGGAGACUCUCAAGGCCAUCGACAAGCUGUGGGACUUGCCCUUCUUCCAGGACGACGACGAGAACCUCAAGUCCGUCCAGAACAUGGUGACAGUGACCACGGACGACAUUGACAAAGCCGACAACGUCAUGCAUCCGCCUCUAGAGUACUCGGUCCCCGAGACCUUCCGGCAGCCCGAUGACGCCUUCUUCGACUCGGUCGCGGACACUGAAGCCUGGGACUCGUCGACCGAGGCGGCCGAGGCGGCAGACGAGUCGACGCAGGGCAGCGACACCCGUCGCCUGGCCGACUGGCUGCCCGAGGGCGUGCAGAAGUACCUGCCCAAGGUGCCCACGCUGUCCUCCAUCCUGCCCUCCUACAUCCCGGGCGUCAAUCUGCAGGCCGAGGUGCACCGCAAACCCAUCCGGCUGCCCGUCAUCCCCUCGGCCGCCGACGUCAAGGUGUACGUCAACACCCUGCUGCAGAGGGCCUUCGACAACCUGCACCGCAAGCAGCUGCAGCUGGCCGAGCUCAUCAAGUGCUCAUGCCCGAGGCCUGCGCGCUGCGACGCCAUCCUGGAGGAGUUCCUGGACGGCAUCAAGACGAACAAGAAGCCGUCCUCGCCCUCCGCCGCGAACAUCGCGACCCCAGCGGGUGCUGGGGCUGGGGCCGCCACUGGGGCGAACGCGGGCAGCGCGUCGCCGCAGCUCAGCUUUUACGCCGGACUCACAAAGCCUGACGGUGAGGAGGGUCCCGGCCUCGGUUUCUACGUGGACCAGAGCGGUCCCCACUUCAGCCACCACAGCCCGCAGCACCAACAGCAGCACCAGCAGCACCAAGCCACCGCCCAGUCACAAGCCUCGGCCACCUCGGCCGCAGCAGGACCUUCCUCAUCGAAGCCACCGGUCCCUGCCGGUUCGAGGCCGUCAAAGCCGUCGCGGCCCUCCGGAUCGGCCGCGCAAUCGCAGGCCUCGGCCACGUCGGCGGCGCAGUCACAAGCUUCGAGGCCCUCCUCCUCGGCCUCUGCCCAGUCCUCGGCCCAAUCCUCGACCCACGCUUCGAAGCCGUCCGGGCCAUCGGGGUCGGCCUCGUCCCACUCCUCCGCGUCGGCGUCCUCUCACUCUUCCGCGGCGUCCUCUCACACCUCCGCGUCGGCGUCCUCUCACUCUUCCGCGGCGUCCUCUCACUCCUCCGCGUCGGCGUCCUCUCACUCCUCCGCGUCCGGCUCGGGGCCGAACGCCUCGGCGACCGCGCUCUCCUCCGCGUCCGCGUCCGCGCACCGUCAACAGCUGCAAGGUGGCGUGUCUGUGCCGCCGGCGGUGCCGCCGGUGCCGACCCCCACGGAGUACACGGCCACGUACGGCGCCCCCACCCCCACCCUUCCGCUGCCCACCUUCGCGGCCCCGCCGACCGUCGGACGCGCCCCCGCGCCCAUUGCCCUCGGUCUCCCUUCCGACACGUCUGACGAUUAUCCCUACUCCUUCAGCCCGGACGAACCACCAACCACCACAAUCCCCGACCGCGCAGAGCCUUCAGAACCCUUGUACCCGUCGCAACCAGACCCGGAGACUGCGACUUCCCCCAUGACCCGCGAGUAG